AGCAGCGGCCCAGCGCACAGAGGAAGCUUGAGAAGCGGCACGUCCCACCGGACACUUCCCUCUCGCUGCUCCCCGCCGCUGCCACCGCCUCCUGAGCCGAGCAAGACAUGAGCCAGGCCCGCUGGACCGGGAAGAGAACAGACAUGCUUCCGGAGAUCGCCGCCGCCGUGGGCUUCCUCUCCAGCCUCCUGAGGACCCGGGGCUGCGUGAGCGAGCAGAGACUAAAGGUUUUCAGCGGCGCUCUCCAGGAGGCACUAACAGAGCACUACAAACACCACUGGUUUCCUGAGAAGCCGUCAAGGGCCUGCCAAGCUACCGCCAGUAUCCUGACCAACCACAAGAUGGAUCCCAUCAUCAGCAAGGUGGCCAGCCAGAUCGGACUCAGCCAGCCCCAGCUAAAGCCAAGCUGCCCAGUGAGCUGGGACUCCCACCCUCAACAGGUGUCCCACCCAUUGGGGAGUGAUGGCCCACCUGCCUGCACAGAGGCCCCGGUGGCAGCCUCCUAUGGGCUCCUCACCUGCAAGAACCAAAUGAUGCUGGGGCCGAGCAGCCCUCAAGAAUCCACACGUGAUGGCGGCUCAGAUCCCCGGCCAGCCCACCAGGAGAGUCUGAAGGAGACCCAGCUCUCAGAACCUCCUGGUGCCCUGGAGGGCUUCGGGAACUAUCCCUCCGUCCUCGGGACUCUGGCUGGCUGGUCGGCCUCGCAGGCAGAGGAGUUUCUGGGAGAGUCUGAGAAGCUCUACCCAAGACGCCGAAUCCCCUGA